GGUGCCGGAUGGCGCCGGCCGGGCCUGUGCCGGUGUCACAGCGCGGGGGCCAUCGGGGGCUACCGAGGGUUGGGCCCGGGCCGGUGUCACAGCCCGGGGCCCAUCGGCGACUACCGAGGGCCGGGCUCGGGCCGGUGUCACAGCCCGGGGCCCAUCGGGGCCGGCCCGCCCUGCCGGUUACGGUGGUUUCCAUUCACCCCUCGGUGUUUACUGCGCGGUCGGCAUCUUCCUCAGGCCAACAAGGCUUUAGGCCUGAAGGUGAAGCAGCCACAACCCGGCCUUUUGUCUACGGUUGAAAAGAUGGGGAAUGCUGAAAGCAAUGCCUAUCAGAAUCACCUUUCCAGGUUUCUUCCUGAGGAGCAGUCUGACAUUGAUGGACUGUUCGACACCUUAUCAGGGUCCAGUGGCUCAGCUGGAGCAAAAAAUGCCAAAGCUGCAAAGAAAACUGUGACUCUGGCAGCACUACAGGCACACACCCGGGAGCCCCUGCCAGAGGCAAUGACUGCUCGGUUGUACAAUGGAAUGAAAAGCAUUGACCUGCCUGGCAAAUCAGCCGGGCUCAGUGAACAGAUUGCUAAGGAGCAGUUUGUAAUUUUUAUGUCAAACCUCUUAAAAGGGAAUGCAGAUGAGAAGAUUAGCAUAAUAAUGAGAAUGAUCGCCAAGACGGGAGGGCCUCUGAAGGGCAAACAGAUCCAAGAGUUCACAGAAGAUCUGAUCACAUCUGUAGUCCAUGUACUGAGCUACAGGAAGGAGCUGAAAGGUUGGAGUUUGGAGAAUACGAGGGAUUCUUCAGGUGGAGUCAAAGCUUUGGCCUCUGAGCUGCUCUCGGAAUUGAAGCUUCCAGAUGGGACAAAACCUGUGGGUUCUCAGCUGCUGGAGGCAAAUUUUGACCAAAGUGUCAUUGAGGAUUGGGUGUACCGAGUUCCCCAGAUCUCAGUUUUCCUCAGUGUUGUCAUCAGGCAAGGCCUCCACGUCCUGCAUUCGCUCCCAGACCAAACCAACGACAUCCUCAACCUGGUUCCUCACUGCAAAGGCAUCAAAGGAAGAGGAGUUGUCAGUCUCUUUGACAUCCCAGCCAUCAUCUACAUCAACUCCCACCUGCCUGCAGAGAUGCAGCACAAGUGGCAGCUUUUAUUUUCCUCCAGGCUCCACGGGGAAAGCUUCUCACAGCUGUGUGCCCAUAUAGUGAACAAAGGUCCUUGCAUAGUGAUCAUAAGGGACUUGGAUGGUUUCCUCUUUGGUGGGUUUGCAUCUCACUCCUGGGAGGUGAAGCCACAGUUUCAAGGUGACAACAGAUGCUUUCUGUUUUCUGUUUUCCCCACUCUGGCUGUAUACACAUACACAGGGUACAAUGACCACUACAUGUAUUUAAACCAUGGCCAACAGACUAUGCCAAAUGGACUUGGUAUGGGUGGACAGCAUGGCUACUUUGGGCUCUGGAUAGACAGUGACUAUGGCAAGGGCCACAGCAAAGCCAAACCUCGCUGCACCACCUACAACAGCCCCCAGCUGUCAGCCAAAGAGGAUUUUACACUGGAUGCCAUGGAAGUUUGGGCAGUGGGAGAUGCCCCUGAGAGUGCAGGGAGAAAAGGUAAGAAGAGCAUCCUGGAUGUGGAUCCUCAGGCUCAGGCCUUGCUGGAAAUGGCUGGGAAAAGCCGUCAGAGCGAGGGUCUGCGGGAGCCCAUGGAGGAGGAUGAAGGUGAUGAUGAUGAGAGCUAAAGGAGCCACAGUAACUUGUAAAAACUUCACUUUUAUUUGCUUCAAGUGGUGGUGAUAUUCCUUGGACAAGAUACUUUUUCCUUUUUUUUUCUCCUUGAAUGUAGCUAAUUGUCUGGGACAAAGCAUAAGCCUUGUACUUGUGUAAUAUUUAGGUCUAAAGCACUAAUCUGCCUGAAGGGCUUUGUUUGGGGAGGACAGAAAAAUUAACUGGGGACAUAAUCAUUAGGCAUGGCUGAGCUCCAGCUGAAUAUGAAUCUGCUUUCAUUCCCCAUAGAUCAUGUCUGCACACUGAAUUAAAAGCAUCAGAAGUUAUUGACAGUAUGGCUUUCUGUCCUGGAGAAUUGAUAUGUACAUAGUUAUAUAUUUAUAAAACCUGUUGGAGGCACUGAUUAAAGCUCUUAUACCUCA